AUGGCACCAGGAACAAAGUCAUCAACGACAUCGGCCAGCUCAUCUUCAGCUUACAAAGUUGGUUCGUCACUUCCAUCGGAUUGGACUCUCAAACGAUCAAUCAUCUUUCUGUCUCGUACAUCUUUGGACUGGUGCUCUUCUCAAAACUCGAUCCAAGAUUCAAUCAACUUGUUUUCCUUUGUUCAAGAUAAUCAGAAGGAGAAGGAUGCAAAAGUAGCUUUUGAUCAUAGUUUAUACUAUUGGGCCUACAUUGAUCGUCCAGCACCACAACAAGUGGCAUUGAUGACCAAAGUCUUGCCGAAAGCUCGAGAAGCAAAGCUGAAGCCCGAAGAAUUGGCAGGACUUCAGCAUUUCCAGUCUUGUGAAGAACAAUGGAAGCAAGCCAUUCGCUCCGUAUACCAUUCUGUACGAAACAACUUGACGGAUGAAUUCUACUAUAUAAAUGGGGAAUUCUCAGCUCAUUUUCGGGCUGGCAAGUCAACCAAGAGUGGUCAGUGUGAAGCAGUUAUUUCAAAUGCAACACGUGGAUUACGCAAGUCCUUAGAAGGCGAAGGUAUUGCAUUUGAAGUGUGCACACGUAAGAAGAAAUGGGCAACUGAAGCAUUGCCAGAAGUCACAAAGGAUACAGAGCAAGAGUUGGAAGAGAUGGAACAACAACAACCUGGUCGAACCAUUGUCUCAAACAAGGAACAGGAGGAAUCAUCACCAUCAUUGCAUUUCAAGGGACACCCUGGUGUCCACGGUGUUUUUGAUUAUUUGUUGAAUUGGAGGGAUGAACGCGCUAAUCGACGAGCUGCUCAGUUGCCAAUCUUGUUAUCUCACAAGCCAUUCUUGCACGCUACAUUGAAGUCUUUGGAGAUCGUAAAAAACGGCAAGAUCCUCAACAAUUCUUCAUUUGACUCUGUAUCUGGAAUGCAAAAAGUCGAAACCAUGUAUCGAUUGGAAUUGGUUGGUCAUGUGCUGCCACGAACCAUGUCAAUACUGGUUGAACUCAUGGCCAAUCGUACUGGUAUGAACGGAUUCAUGGCUACACUUGUAUGUGAUGAGAAAACCAUUGGAUUGAAUGAUACCCUGCUGGCAAGCAACGAUGAUGAAGAUGAAGAUUGUCGCCUGAUACCGAUCCGAUCAAUUGGAUAUAAAGAUGGACAGUUUGCAUGGAAGUAA